CUGAACUAUACCUGUCAGUGACCUGUCUCCUGUGCGCCUAACUCCAUACGGGGCUGAGAGAUACCAGGCCGGGACCGGGCCAACCCCAGAAAACUGGCUGGAGCAAUGGCAGCUCCAGGGAUACCACCUCCCUCAGCCUCACAGGCAGCCAAGGCCGACUCGGGGGGAGGGGGUAAGAAGUCCAGGCACCUGCCUGAGCUGAUCCGCCUGAAAAGAGAUGGAGGGCAUCUGAGCGAGGCAGACAUCAGGCACUUCGUGCAUGCCCUGAUGGACGGAAGCGCACAGGACACACAAAUUGGAGCCAUGCUGAUGGCCAUUCGGCUGCAGGGCAUGGACCUAGAGGAGACAUCUGUGCUGACCCGGGCCCUGGCAGAGUCUGGGCAGCAAUUGGAGUGGCCCAGGUCCUGGCACCAGCAGCUUGUGGAUAAACAUUCCACAGGAGGUGUGGGUGACAAGGUCAGCCUGGUUCUGGCACCUGCCCUGGCUGCAUGUGGCUGCAAGGUGCCAAUGAUCAGCGGACGCAGUCUGGGCCACACAGGGGGCACACUGGAUAAGCUGGAGUCUAUUCCUGGGUACAAUGUCACCCAGAGCCCAGAGCAGAUGCGGCGGAUCCUUGAGGAAGUGGGCUGCUGCAUUGUUGGCCAGAGUGAAAAGCUGGUUCCUGCUGAUGGGAUCCUGUAUGCUGCACGAGACGUGACAGCUACUGUGGACAGCGUGCCACUCAUUACAGCCUCGAUCCUCAGUAAGAAGGCCGUGGAGGGACUGUCCACUCUGAUAGUGGAUGUUAAGUUUGGGGGGGCUGCAGUCUUCCCUGACCAGGAGCAGGCCCGAGAGCUGGCAAAGACGUUGGUUAGCGUGGGAGCUGGCCUGGGGCUGCGGGUCGCCGCAGCUCUGACUGCCAUGGAUAACCCUCUGGGCCGCAGCGUGGGCCAUACCCUGGAAGUGGAAGAAGCGUUGCUUUGCCUGGAUGGUGCGGGGCCGCCGGAUCUACGGGAACUGGUUAUUAGGCUAGGGAGCGCCAUCCUUUGGCUUAGCGGACAGGCGGAAACCCAAGAUCAGGGCGCCGCCCGAGUGGCCGCGGCGUUAGAUGACGGCUCUGCGCUGCGCCGCUUCCAGCUGAUGCUUUCGGCGCAGGGCGUGGACCCAGCCCUAGCCAGAGCGCUGUGCUCCGGGAGCCCUAAGCAACGCCGCCAGCUGCUGCCUCACGCCGGGCAGCGAGAAGAGCUGCUCGCACCCGCAGACGGCACUGUGGAGUGCGUCCUCGCGCUGCCGCUGGCCCGUGUGCUGCACGAGCUUGGAGCCGGACGCAUCCAGGCUGGGCAGCCGAUCAGGCCGGGAGUGGGUGCCGAGCUGUUGGUCGACGUGGGCCAGUGGCUGUACCGCGGGACACCCUGGCUCCGCGUGCACCUAGACGGCCCUGCGCUCAGCAGCCAGCAGCGCCUCGCUCUACAGGGGGCGCUCGUGCUGUCAGACCGAGCACCCUUCAAGGCCCCUUCACCGUUCGCUGAGCUGGUCCUCCCAGCGACCACCGCACAGCCCUAAAUCGCUACCCCACCACAGCAGGAGCUUUAGGUCCAUGAUGCUACUGGCUCUAGGGCCCAAAGCUUGGCCCAAGCUCUCUCACGUCAAACCUCGAGUCCUUCUUAGGAUCCCAGGAGGUGAAACUCUGUAUGUAAAGUCUAGGCACUGGUCAGGACAGGGCCAGCCCCAAGGCCCUGGGCUAAGAACUAGACUGCUGAUCACCUCCCUGUUUGGGGCUGGGCUGGGCUGGGCCUGGCUGUCUGCAAGAGCAGAGAAGGAGCAGUGGCGCCAACAGAAACGGACAGAGGCCCUGCGCCAGGCUGCUGUGGGCCAGGGUGACUUCAGCCUACUGGACCACAAAGGCAAGCCCCGAUGCAAAGCUGACUUCCGAGGCCAGUGGGUGCUGAUGUACUUUGGUUUCACUCACUGCCCUGAUAUUUGCCCUGAUGAACUGGAAAAGCUGGUGCAGGUGGUGCGGAAGCUGGAGGCAGAGCCUGGCCUGCCCCUGGUGCAGCCUGUCUUCAUCACUGUGGACCCAGAAAGGGAUGACGUAGCAGCCAUGGCCCGGUAUGUGCAGGACUUCCACCCCAGACUGCUGGGUCUGACUGGCUCUACAGAACAAGUGGCCCAGGCUAGCCGCAACUAUCGUGUGUACUACAGUGCUGGCCCCAAGGAUGAGGACCAGGACUAUAUUGUGGACCACUCUAUUGCCAUCUACUUGCUCAACCCAGAUGGUCUCUUCACCGACUACUAUGGUCGGAGCAGGUCAGCAGAGCAGAUUGUAGACAGUGUACGUCAGCAUAUAGCUUCCUUCCACAGCAUCCUGUCCUGAUCUAUAGAUACUGCCUAGGCCCUGUUAUUAAAUGGAUGUACUUAA